AUGCCGGCCUACCACUCGAUCUUCCUGAACGACCAGGGCGUUCAACAAAUAGUAGGCAACCUCCCUCUCCUCCCUUUGCGCACAAAGACCCGCGGCCCAGCCUACACGCUCCCCGCGCUCCCCGCUGCCACCAACCCACUCGACGUCGACCCCGACAGCGAGUCCUACGAUGUCCUCGACGAGAUCCUCUCCCUCUUCCGCGCCAACACCUUCUUCCGCAAUUUCGAGAUCAAAGGCCCCGCCGACCGUUUGCUCAUCUACGGCAUCCUCUUCGUGUCCGACUGCCUAACGAAAGUCAAGCCCCGCGACGACGCGCGCACGGCCGAGAAGGCGCUGAUCAAUGGCGCCCUGGAGCAGUUCGCCAUCCCAGGAGAGCCGGGCUUCCCGCUGAACCAGGCGUUCGAGGCGCCGCGCGACAGGCAGGAGGCCGAGGUCAUGCGGCAGUAUCUGGGGCAGGUGCGGCAAGAGCUGGCUAUUAGACUGCACCAGCGGCUGUAUGAGGGGGGUGCCACGGUGCCGAGUAAGUGGUGGUUGAGUUUUACGAAGCGGAAGUUCAUGGGCAAGAGCUUGUGA